GGGAUGAUAAUUUAAUUUCUAUGGGCAGAGCGCGAACAAACCACCGGUUCUCGCUGCAUAGCCCGAGCCACUUAUAUAUGUGUUUGUCUGUUAACUAACAUGAGGCGUGUAGAAAAUAGAUAGAUUUAUAGACGGAACAUCCUCUGAGCGUUGUGUUUCUUCCCUGGAGAGCCCUCCCUUUUCUGCCAGGUUUCAUCUGAAAGCUUGCCGUGGAGCGGUUGUCACACAGGCCGCGAAUCGGGUCUUGUUGCUGGGAGGAGACCGUCCAGACUCGCCUCCCUACUAGCAUUAUUAGCUGGCGAUGAUGCGCCGCUGCUGCUGGUGUAUAUUUUACACAGCAGGCCACUGUAAAGCGAGGCAGGUCCUUGGAUAAUUGUUUACCCCGACGGAACUGAAGGGUGAAUAGGAGAUACACCACACCUUUCAAGGAUGGAUGUUGAUUUGUGUGCUGGCGGGGACAGUACCAGGAGAAAAGUGGAUUUGGCUGGGGUUUCAGAAGUCACAAUGGACGUUGUACCAUUGGAGAUGUACGAUUCCGCCAGAGCAAAAAUAGCUGCCAAUCUGCGGUGGCUGUUUGCCAAAGCCUAUGGCAUUGAUCAUAUCCCAGAGGACCUAAGGGACCCGUUCUACACAGACCAGUACGAGCAGGAACACAUGAAGCCGCCUGUCAUCCGCCUGCUGCUGUCGUGCGAGCUCUACUGCCGAGUCUGCGCCCUCAUCCUCAAGACGGAGCAGGCGGCGUCUCUUCAGUCCCACCUGUCCGUCAUCCAGGCUCUGUCCAGAAAGGGCAUAUAUGUUGUGGAGAGUGACGAUACACCCGUCACAGAUGGGGACCUGUCCUGUGCGCCCAUCAAAAUGAGUGCUCACAUGCCCAUGAUUGAUGCCCUGAUGAUGGCUUACACAGUGGAGAUGAUCAGCAUCGAGAAAGUGGUGGCUUCUGUCAAGCGCUUCUCUACCUUCAGUGCCUCCAAGGAGCUGCCCUUUGACCUGGAGGACGCUAUGGUCUUCUGGAUCAAUAAGGUAAACAUGAAGAUGAGGGAGAUUACGGAACGGGAGCAUAAAGUCAAGCACCACCCCCUGGAGUCCCCCAGCCACCAGAAGGUACGGUAUCGUCGGGAACACGCGUCAGGCCGACAGCUGCCAUUCUUCCCUCUGCUGGAGGACCUGAUGAGGGAUGUUUGUGACGGAGCUGCUAUGCUCACUGUGGUCAACUACUACUGCCCGGACCUCAUGAAGCUGGAGGAUAUUUGCCUGAAGGAAGUUCCCUCCAUCGCUGAUAGCCUGUACAACAUCAGGCUGCUCAAAGAGUUUGCCAACGAGUAUCUGAAUAAAAGUUUCUAUCUGACGAUGGAGGACAUGCUCUACUCGCCACUUGUGCUCAAGCACAAUGUGAUGGUGUUCAUUGCUGAACUCUUCUGGUGGUUUGAGACUGUCAAGCCAGAGUUUGUCCAGCCCAGAGAUCUCCAAGAGUUCAAAGAUGCUCGAGCCAUAGCUCAGCCCAAGUGUGCCCGCCCAUCAGUGCCUAUCUCCAACGCCACCAAGCGCAGCUUCCUGGCCAGCCCUGGUGUGGCCGAUAACCAGAGCAGCCCCGAAGUCUGUAACAGGUACUUCCUGCACCCUGAAGACUCUGACCCCCUUAAAGGGGGUCCAACCUUCAGUCCUUCCCACCCGCUCCUGCCUCUCCGACAGAGGCAACAAAAGCAGCAAGGAGAAGACGGUGCGGGUCCCAGAAACCGCUCAAACUCCCUCACUCAGAUGGACGGACAACCCCGAGGCUCUGUUGUUGCUUGGCCAGACAAGAGGCAGAGACCAAUGUCCACACUCGGCCCCUAUAUGUUUCAUUCAGCCGCAGACAGUGAAGCAGACGCUGCUUCUGGAGACAGUUUGAGUCUGGCUCGCUCCAUAAGUAAGGACAGCCUGGCGUCCAAUGUCAUCAACAUCACACCCAAACACCAGACUUCUGUCCUCCAGCCUUUACAGACUGCAAUGCGCAGAAUCAACGGCCACAGCCUUCUGGGAAAUGUCAACAUUGAGGACCAGGAAGACACUCUGGUGGCAGUUGCCAGGACUGAUGCUCCCGUCGUCCCCGAACGGGUCGACGGGACACAAGCAACUGCCACAGUGGGACCUAAACCUUCCGCUGAGUCCAAACCCGCACCAGAUAGCUUUUACCUAGAACCACUGAUGCCUUCCGUGAUCAAACCAGCUAAAGAGAAAUCUGUAUGCCUAAACAAGGAGGAGGAGAGUGGUGAGGGGCCGCACUCUUUAGGAAGGGGCUCUCUGCGCCGAGGAGAUGGAUCUACAUCAGCCGUUCGUAGGAAAGCUCCCUGCAACUUGAACCAAACCUUCACUCCUCUGGGUCAGGAGGCCCACUCGUCAGAGGAGCCUCAACAGGGUCAGGCAGAUGUCCGCCCCAUUGUUACCAGCAGUGUGGACCCCUCGCCCAUAGAGCCAGCUGGGGGUUUCUACCUUCAUUCAGAUUCGGAAGAACCAAAGUCUGGCCAGGGUCUGGACGCAGAACUUGAAGACCUGGAUGAAGAGGAAGAGGAUCUGGAUGAAGCUUUUACCAUUAAAGACCCCAACAGGCCCAGGAAAGUCUUUAUUGACGAUGAUGACGAUGAAGAAGAAGAAGAAUCGGCCAAACUCCAAGAGGACAUGAAUGUAAAAGAGCAUGAGGACAAAGACAUGAAUGGGGGCAGCGGUCGCUCUAGCCCCUGCCUCAGCGCUCACUCCCAGGCCAGCAGCAUGGCCAGUGGCAGUGUGCGCAUGACCUCCUUCGCCGAGCGCAAAGCCCAGCAGCAGCGCUUCGGCAGCAACCAUGACCUUCGCUCCAGUGCCUCAAGCUCCCAAAGGACCACACCAGAUGGAUCAGAGUGCAGUGGGCCCCUGGCUUCCUCCUGGAGGCUUAAAAGGGACCAAAGCCCCUCCUCACCCUUGGGAGGGUGCAGCCGUAUAGGCGAUGGUAGCGGCGGUUCUAAUGUACUGGCUUCUGAAAUUGUCCAGCUCCGUAUGCAGCUGGAAGAGAAACGGCGUGCCAUUGAGCACCAGAAGAAGAAGAUGGAGGUGCUGUCGGCGAGGCAGAGGCAGAAGCUGGGAAAGGCAGCCUUCCUGCAUAUUGUAAAGAAAGGUGGAGGCAAGAGUGACACAUUACCCAACCCGCUUAAAGCUAACCUCUCUAAAGACGAGCUCGUCGGGGCGAAAGCACUAUCAAGUAAAGAUGAUAUGUCUGUUGAUGCCCUGAGGGGGGACAAAGACGUGGCGGGAACGACCCCGGCAGUUGCCGUAGAAGCAGACAAGAAAGGGACCAGCGGAAGCUUGUAUCUGGAAGAAGAGUUGGACCUGAAUGAGUGCAACCACUCCAUCGAUCUAUUGAACGACGCCAUCGGCAGCAUCCAGCAGCAGAUGAUACAGCUGUCACUGCAGCAGGAGAUGUUGAUGAAACAGAAUGUACAGUCCACGCCUGGCGCAACUCCACCUCCUCCGGUCACAAGUGACAAAAACGGUGACGCCAAGACAAGCUUUCACUUUGUGGAGCACCUCUCCAGCGCCAGCACCACUCUCACCAGGAAGCCUCCCAAGCUGAGCUCAGGCCGGGGCUCUAGGUCCAAACCAUCAGAGCUAAAGAUAGCGAAGGAGCAGAGCCGGCAGCCUUCCAGGACACUCACCCCCACCCAGAGUGGGUCAGAGACAUUACCACACCUAAGGCAGUUGGCUGGGGGCAGGUCCCCCAGGGCCGACCAGCCCGACAGCCCCAGAAACCCCACAGCAGGAGAGGCAAUUGACAGGCCAGGCUCUGGCCACAUUCGGAGCGCCAACUUCCGCCUUCAUGACGAGGCGAACAUGCGCCUGCCAACCCGAGUGGACCCGAAGGCAGCAGCUGUCCCAGAAGUGUCCUUUGACGAGUGUCUGUCCAGCACCCUUAGAGAGUCUGAGCUCAACUCUUCAGACGGGUCAGGGAAAGAGAAUAUACCAUCAGACGAGGUGCAGCGCAACAGAUCCCACCUGAUUGAGGUCGAUCUGUCGGAGCUGAAAUUCCCUGAGGAAGAUGAGGCUGCUGAGGACUCAACAACAAAAGGUGAUGGAGAGCAGAAGUCAGGCCUGGGCUUCUUCUUCAAGGAUGAGGCGAAGGCAGAGGAUGAGCUUGCUAAGAGGAGAGCAGCGUUCUUGCUGAAGCAGCAGAAGAAAACCGAGGAGGCUCGAGUCCGUAAACAACAACUAGAAUCGGAAUCGGAGCAGAAACGAGACGAAGCCAGACAGAAGGCCGAGGAGGACCGCUUGCGUAAAGAAGAUGAGAAGACGCGGCGGGAGCUGAUCAAGCAGGACUAUCUGCGGAGGAAGCAGCAGGAGAUGUUCGAGGAACAAGGCCUUGUGAAGCCCAAACCCCCCAAACUGAAGCAGAAACACAGACCCAAGUCUGCAUUCAGAGAGGAAUCCCCCAGCGAACAUUUCUCCAAGUGCCCUUCCACACCUGACAAUCUGAGCACCGCCCAAUCAGGCUCCAGUCUGUCCCUGGCCUCCGCUGCGACCAACGAGGGCGACAGCGUUAACUCUGGAGGGGCUGGCUCUCAGCGCUGCGACUCUGUGGAGUCGUUUCCAGGCAGUCGUAACAGCCGAACUGCAGAAAGAGACUGGGACAACGGCUCCACUGCGUCUUCCAUCACUUCCAUGGCUGAGUAUACUGGUCCCAAACUAUUCAAGGAGCCCAGCUCCAAGUCGAAUAAGCCGAUCAUCCACAAUGCAAUCUCUCACUGCUGCCUGGCUGGCAAAGUCAACGAGCCUCAGAAGAACCAGAUCCUAGAGGAGUUGGAGAAGUGCGACUCCAACCACCUGAUGAUCCUGUUUCGUGACGGCGGCUGCCAGUUCCGGGCGCUCUACUCGUACUUCCCCGACACCGAAGAGAUACAGAAGCUGACGGGAACAGGACCCAAGAGCAUCAGCAAGAAGAUGAUCGACAAGCUGUACAAGUACAGCUCCGACAGGAAGCAGUUCACCGUCAUCCCUGCCAAGACGGUGUCAGUCAGCGUGGACGCCCUGACCAUCCACAACCACCUGUGGCAGACCAAGAGAAGUGCUGUGCCAAAGAAAAGCGUGAAAUAACAGAUGGCUGGAGUUGAAACCCCCUAUCAUCCAAAUCAUCUUCUCCUCAUCUUGCUUGUUUCCUGCAUUGAUGCCCACAGCCAAGCUCCACCGCCAUGCUCGGUCUGGAAACUUACUCGGGAGAGGACGCACUUAUGGACAUGUGAGGUCCUCUGUAGGUGGACCCAGGCAGAAACAAGGGAAAGGUAUGUGUGUGUGUGUGUGUGUGUGUGUGUGUGUGUGUGUGUGUGUUUGUGUGUGUGUGUCACAGGCUGGUGCGAGGGACUGGUGCUUGCAACAAAAAGAGGAAUGCCGGCUGAAUUGGCUUCCUCUCCCUGUGAUCUCAGUGCGAUCUCUUCGGGUGUCUUUCGGUCCGGCUUGGUUUUUCUACGACGACCACCACUCAAGCAUGUGGCAUUUUGUUUCCUCAGUCUCCCUCAUGUGUGGUGGAUGUUAAUUUUUACAUUAAGUAUUUAUUAGUUCAGCACUGUCAUGGUUGAGAGCUCAGCGGCAGCACUGAAGUACUUCCUUCUCUCCAGAAAUGCUUCUCCUUUGGACACAUUUGGACAAAAAGGAGGGGACAUUGGGGGAAUUCUGUCGCUCUUUUAGGGAAAAUCCGAAGCAAGGGAUCUUUGUACAACCCUGUCGGACUGCUCUGCUAAACGAAAAACAACAUUCUCUUCCUGCGUGGACGGUCUAAUCUGUCGAAUCAGGCUGGCAUUGCCGAUUUUGCCUCACCAGGGAUCUCCAGAAAACAACAACCUGCUGCUCUGAACUGUCUUCUUUUCGUCACGAGGGAGCUCCUCAGGUCUCCCUCCGACAUCCGUUGGCCUUUCACGCAUCGUGGUACUAUCGUCUAUUUAUUCAACCGCUUUUUAAACUAGACGCUGAUCGUGUAGCACUGGAUAUGUGUAUAGCAAAAAAAAUGUUAACUGUCACUUUUAUUCGUCAAAACAUCCUUUUUCUCGAGGGUGUCACAAGAGGGUGAAGGAUGGGUUUUGGUACAGACAUUUUUUUAUUAUUAUUUGCUUCUUUUUUUAAUUAUUAUGAUUACAGCGAUGUGGUAUAGAGCUGAUGUUAUGUGUUUUAAUCAUAACGGGAAUUCUCUGAUGUUUAGAGCUUAGUUGUGUUUUCUCUCCACUGGGCACUCCUGAACUGUCCUGUAUAAAGGUGCACUCAUGAACACUUGUCGACGGCUUCUUUCAUGCAAUGUAACCCCUCACCCUACUCCCUCUCCCCCCUGAGUGUUUCGGUUGGCCUGUCCCAUCUUUAACCACGAGAGCGACACACGCACACACACACACUUGUUGUGAAGGGUGUUUUAUCGGCGCUUCGAAUGACAGUAUUUGGUGUGUGUGUGUGUGUGUGUGUGUGUGUGUGUGUGUGUGUGUGUGUGUGUGUGUGUGUGUGUGUGUGUGUGUGUGUGUGUGUGUGUGUGUGUGUGUGUGUGUGUGUGUGUGUGUGUGUGUACUGUGGUUCAGUCAUGUACCAACAUUAAAGAACAUUCCUCCAAGGUGUUGACAAACACUUGCCACGUCGUCUCUUCUCUGUAAAUCAAAGUGCUUUUUUUAACCGUUUGUUGGCCUCGAGAACAACCAGAAGUGUUGCACGAGCACUUUACUUUCUGUUUGUUGGAAUUUUGAAUGGGCAUAAAAGCUACAAACUAAUUGAUAACACUGCUGUUGUGCGUUCGUAAAAUUGUUCAAACUAAACCAAACACUAAGAUUGAAUGCUGAGAUGUAAAGCUGAAGAGUCUUUGCUGACAUGAUACUACUGCUGUCUCCAAAAACACAAUACUUGAUUUCUCCUUUGCUGCAUAUUGAAUUUGUUUUCUGGUGUAGGGGGUGGCAGAUCCUUAAAUGUAUGCAAGUGUAUUUUUAUGUUAACUAAAAGAUUGUACUGGCAUUUGGUAACCAUUUUUGUUACACUCGUGUACUUGUCAUCCUUGUUGGUUUUUAUCUUUGAUCCCAUGCCAUCUAUUUAUUUAAAAACAAUGGAAGCACUGAAACAAUAAAUUUUCAAGUGAAUAAAAGUCACAUUUUUCAUUAUUCUUUU